UCUCCGUAGACGGGCUCUGAUAAUGCUAAAUAAUUCUCACAUUUCCGGUCAGGCACAUAUCUGGACAGGUCUGCUUAGUCCUCAUGUGUCUGCUGACUAGAUCAGCUGACAGAUGAGACGACAACAAUCUUAGUCAUUUGACUCGUAUCUUGAUCGACUUUUAGUGUAGUUACUGCUUUGUUACAUUAGUUCUGCAUUUUACCAAGACCGUGGACACAUUUCAAAGUAUGCGCGAGAUCUUUUUUAUUGCAGUCCAGUUCAGUCUAUUCACUGCAUUGGAGAGGAGACAGUUCACGCUUCCCGUGUAGAGUAGGCUAACGUUAGCUUGGCAGCUUAUUAAGCACCUUACAACACCAAGAUGUCUGGACCAAACGGCGAUCCCAACAUAACAAUUGAUGAUGGUAUCAUUGAGGACGACGAUGACUUCAAUGAGGAAGAAUACGCCGCUAUCAACACGAUGUUGGAUCAGAUCAACUACUGCUUAGAUGACCUUGAAGAUCGCAAUGAUGCGCUAAACGGCAAGCUACGCGAGCUGCUGGAAUCCAAUCGGCAGGCACGCCAGGAGUUCAGGGCAAAAAUUAACGAGAGUUUGGCUGAAGGUCAACAGCAUCCAGUCAUUGAGCAGUCCUCAAAUGAGACUCCAACACCAACCAUAGAAGAAGAUAACGAGUAACCUUAAACACAAUGUAUUGGUCAUUGUAGCGGCUUCCCUAUUGUAUUUCUUGCACAUUCUGCCUGUGACCAUCCUAGUAGCCUAAAACCCUAAACCUUGGGCCUAUUCAGUCAGCCAGGCAUGUAUUUCAAGAUAAGUAGCCAACGUGGGUAAGUUGACUCACAGGAAGUGGUAAUCUUACAGAAAGAGCCUUGUGACUUUUUUGGUAGAAUCAGAGAAUGUCUAAUAAGGGGAGAACCUUCACUCUCGCAACGCUUCCGGUGUGGUACUGCAUCUAGGGGCGCUCGCGGGCGAGUCCAGAAUGAAUGGAGGUCUAUGGAGCUGUACCCCUCAU